AUGCGCUUCCUCACCUCGCUCUCUCUCCUUUUCGCCUUCGCAGUCUCUGCGCUGGCCCUCACCAUCACAUCCCCAAAGGAAGAUGAAGAUGUCGACUUCAGCAAGCCAUACACAGUUCACUGGAAAUCCGUCACCAACGACGCCAACAAAUUCACCAUCACCCUAGUCAACACCAACGGCCACAACGUGAACAAAGAUGUCGGCACUGACGUUGAUGGAUCCGAGGGCGAGUACCGCAUUGACGCGGUCAGCGGUGUUCCCCUUGGAGACGGUUACCAGCUGAACAUCCGCUCCACCGCACGAAACAACCAGGGUAUCCUAGCCCAAAGCGAGAAGUUCAAUGUGACCAAGGUUGCCCGUCGAACCACGAACGAUGACAAGAACGACUCCGACAACUCGACCAAGACAAGCUCCACCGAUGAUUCCCCUGAUGAGACCAAUGCUGCAGUUGGAAGCCUCAGCGGCAUGGUCGGUAGCUCUGUGGUUGCGAGUGUGAUUGGAUUCGCUGCGUUGUUGGCUUUGUAA